AUGUUCGACUCUGAUCGCCAUUGUUUAGCCGUGUCGAUCAUGUGCAUAGCAUUGACACUGAUCUAUGGUGCAGUUGAAAUCACUGGCAAGAUGGAUGUCUAUUCCGAGUAUCUACAUUAUGAAGCUGCUGUAGUUAUAGUCCAAGAGCAUCCUGUGAAGGUGGUGGGGUGGAAUCACAAGCACUGGGCCAAUCCAAGCAAUCUUAAGGGAGGCAUUGAAUCACUUGAAGCACUUGCUAGUGCUGUGAAAGCAAAGACCUGCAAAUUUGUGAAGAUCAACAUGAGUGAGGCUGAAGAAUGCCUUACACGCAUUGCUGCAGGAGAGGUUCUCACACCUAACCUUGACAAAGAUUUAGCACCAGCACCUGCCAUAUCUUCCAUGUCACCCAAUUCCAGUGCUACUAUUACCCAACCAAUGUCUUCUGCACUUUCGACAACUGGCGGCUCACAUGUUCCUGUUCCAAGGGCACCAACACCUUCCACAUCAUCCACUCCCAGUGCCACUACUGCCCAAUUGAUGUCCUCCGCACUUUCAACAGCCAGCGGCUUGCAUGUUCCUAUCCCAAGGGCACCAACACCUUCUGCAUCACCUACUCCCAGUGCUACUACUACCCAAUCAACUGCCGCCAUAUACCCUGAAGUACCUCAUAUUCUCCCUACACCUUCACUUUCUGACUCUUCCAACAACCGGGAACCCUCAAGCAUAGUAUUUACAUCUGGGAGAAAGUGCGCUGCUCCAUCAGUAACUUCCCACACUCUGGACAGACCUGCACAGAACAAGACAGCGCACCAGACACACAGCUUAGUCCCUACUACCUAG